ACUCUUCAUUUUUCAUCAACAUCAUUUCAUAAAAUCUUUUAUUCUGAGUUUGGAGUUUCUGCAACGAUGGCGGACGAGGUGAUUUUGUUGGAUUUUUGGCCAAGCAUCUAUGGCAUGAGGGUGAGAAUUGCAUUGGCGGAGAAAGGCGUCAAGUAUGAGAACAAAGAGCAGGAUUUGAGGAACAAGAGCCCUUUGCUUUUGCAGAUGAAUCCCAUUCAUAAAAAGGUCCCGGUUCUUGUUCACAAUGGGAAACCCGUCUUAGAAUCUUUGAUCAUUGUUCAGUACAUCGAUGAGGUUUGGAAGGAUAAAACUCCUUUACUCCCCUCUGAUCCUUAUGAGCGGGCUCAAGCUAGAUUCUGGGUUGAUUUUAUUGACAAAAAGUUAUUAGAAGGUGGAAGGAAGACAUGGACCACAACAGGUGAAGCACAGGAGGAGGGAAAGAAGGAAUUCAUUGAAGUAAUCAAGACCUUGGAAGGGCAGCUGGGAGACAAGCCUUACUUCGGAGGCGAGGCCUUUGGGUUCGUGGACUUAUCUCUGAUCCCUUUCUACAGCUGGUUCCAUGCAUUCGAGACGUUUGGCAAGUUCAGUGUAGCAGCUGAGUGCCCCAAUUUCAGUGCAUGGGCAAAGAGAUGUAUGGAGAAGGAAAGCGUUGCAAAGUCACUCCCUGAUGGGAAGAAAGUUCUGGGAUUUCUUACAGAAUAUAGGAAAAGUCUUGGGUUUGAAUAGAGAGAAAUAUUUAGAGUUAGGUUAAAGGCAAUUGUUGCGGUGUGAGCCUUGUGUUGUGUUUGUGUUUGUUAUAUUUUUGUUUCGCUUGCUGAAUAAAUUGGAGAAAACACACAAUUCACAGUGUCCUUGUGGUUUGGUUUUGGGAUCAUUUGUUGUAUUUUACGUUUUGCCUAAUGUUCUUCUGGAUAUUGGUGUUUUGAAUAAAAGCAUAAAACAACAAAUUUAGCUCA